CGGCCAGGGGACCUGACGGCUGCCAGCUCCGAGAUCGCGCAGAGGGCUGCGACAGAGAGCGCAGCGGACACUCACCAAGGUAUGCGUUUAGGCUCCCAGAGCUGAGAGGCGGCGAUGUGGCACCAGGCUCUGGGACCAGGCUGGAAGCCGCUGCUGUUGCUGGCGCUGGUGCUGACCAGCCUGCGAGGGGCAAGAGGCUUUGAGGAGGAACCGAGCGAAGGUGGGAGCUUCCAGGUGGUCACGUUCAAAUGGCACCACGUCCAGGACCCGUACAUCAUCGCGCUUUGGAUCCUCGUGGCCAGCUUGGCCAAAAUCGUCUUUCACCUGUCCCACAAGGUCACCAGUGUUGUCCCCGAGAGUGCCCUGCUCAUCGUUCUGGGCCUGGUGCUGGGCGGCAUCGUCUGGGCAGCUGACCACAUCGCCUCCUUCACUCUUACACCCACGCUCUUCUUCUUCUACCUGCUACCCCCCAUUGUGUUGGACGCUGGAUACUUCAUGCCCAAUCGGCUCUUCUUUGGAAACUUGGGCACCAUUCUACUUUAUGCUGUCAUUGGCACUAUAUGGAAUGCAGCCACGACAGGAUUGUCCCUCUAUGGUGUCUUCCUCAGUGGCCUAAUGGGUGAGUUGAAGAUCGGACUCCUCGAUUUCUUGUUGUUUGGUAGCCUCAUUGCUGCUGUGGACCCAGUAGCUGUGCUGGCUGUGUUUGAAGAAGUCCAUGUCAAUGAAGUCCUGUUCAUCAUUGUUUUUGGGGAGUCGCUGCUGAAUGAUGCAGUGACUGUGGUCUUAUACAAUGUUUUUGAAUCUUUUGUGACGCUGGGUGGUGACAAGGUGACCGGUGUGGAUUGUGUGAAAGGCAUAGUGUCCUUCUUCGUGGUGAGCCUAGGAGGCACUCUGGUGGGUGUUAUCUUUGCCUUCCUGCUGUCCUUAGUGACUCGCUUCACCAAGCAUGUGCGCAUCAUCGAACCUGGCUUCGUCUUUGUCAUUUCCUACCUGUCCUAUCUGACCUCCGAGAUGCUGUCCUUGUCAGCCAUCCUGGCCAUCACCUUCUGUGGCAUCUGCUGUCAGAAGUACGUGAAGGCCAACAUCUCAGAGCAGUCAGCCACCACGGUGCGCUACACGAUGAAGAUGCUGGCCAGUGGGGCGGAGACCAUCAUAUUCAUGUUCCUGGGCAUCUCAGCGGUGGACCCCCUCAUUUGGACGUGGAACACGGCUUUUGUGUUGCUGACGCUGGUCUUCAUUUCUGUGUACCGAGCCAUCGGUGUUGUUCUGCAGACCUGGAUCCUGAACCGCUACCGCAUGGUGCAGCUAGAGACCAUUGAUCAGGUGGUCAUGUCCUAUGGCGGCCUUCGUGGGGCGGUAGCCUAUGCCUUGGUGGUACUUCUGGAUGAGAACAAAGUCAAGGAGAAAAAUCUGUUCGUCAGCACCACUCUCAUUGUGGUCUUCUUCACGGUCAUCUUUCAGGGUCUGACCAUUAAGCCCCUGGUGCAGUGGCUGAAGGUGAAGAGGAGUGAGCAGCGUGAGCCGAAGCUCAAUGAGAAGCUACAUGGCAGGGCUUUCGACCACAUCCUCUCAGCCAUUGAGGACAUCUCAGGACAAAUUGGACACAAUUAUCUCAGAGAUAAGUGGUCCAAUUUUGAUAGGAAGUUCCUCAGCAAAGUCCUCAUGAGAAGAUCAGCUCAAAAAUCUCGAGAUCGGAUCCUGAACGUUUUCCACGAGCUGAAUUUGAAGGAUGCUAUUAGCUAUGUGGCUGAGGGAGAGCGCCGUGGGUCCCUGGCCUUCAUCCGCUCCCCAAGUACAGACAACAUGGUCAAUGUGGACUUCAGCACGCCCCGCCCAUCUACUGUGGAGGCAUCUGUCUCCUAUCUCUUGAGGGAAAAUGUCAGUGCUGUAUGCCUGGACAUGCAGUCCUUGGAGCAGAGGCGGAGGAGCAUCCGUGACACUGAGGACAUGGUGACCCACCACACGCUGCAACAGUACCUGUACAAGCCUCGGCAGGAGUACAAGCAUCUGUAUAGUCGGCAUGAGCUAACACCCAAUGAGGAUGAAAAGCAGGACAAGGAAAUCUUUCACCGGACCAUGCGGAAGCGCCUGGAGUCCUUUAAGUCAGCUAAGCUAGGCAUCAACCAGAACAAGAAGGCAGCCAAGCUGUACAAGAGGGAGCGUGCACAGAAGCGGAGGAAUAGCAGCAUUCCUAAUGGGAAGCUGCCUGUAGAGAACCUGGCACACAACUUCACCAUCAAGGAGAAAGAAUUGGAACUUUCCGAGCCUGAGGAGGGCCCCAACAAUGAAGAGACCAGUGGGGGCAUUGAGUUUCUGGCCAGUGUCACUAAGGAUGUAGCCUCUGACUCUGGGGCAGGUGACACAGGCUCUGACACACCGCUUACCGGGCGCUCGUCCCCUCGUCGGCCGUCCGCUGCUCCCCAGCAGCCCUUGCUCCCCCCACGACUCGCCCGCCCUCGAGCCCCGAGCCCAGCCCCACCUGAGCGCAUCUCCUCAGCCACUUUUGCCUCUGAACCCGGGGCGGAGCCGGAGCACAGGGCCCUACCCAGUGCGCAUGCUCGCUCGGCGGCUGCGCGCCGGGUACACAGUAGGCGCUCCUUCCAGAGGCCUCGUCCGCGCAGACGCCCAGCUCUGCUAAAGCUCGCUUCUCUUCCGGGCUCUACAGAACUGCCGCCACACGCUCUGGAGCAAGAAGAGACGCCGCUGUGAUCGCUGCCUGUACGGUAGCCCAGCUCCGAGGGUUUCCUUCAGGUGGCCCCUCCCCUGCCAGCCAGGGAGUCUAGGACGAAUCUUUUCAUCCAUGUGGUGUCGCCAAGAUACCACACUGCUUCCUGCCGUCUUCUUGCCCUGGGUCAGUCCCUAAGGCUCCGAGGUGCUGCCUCCCUGUCCCCACCCCCGAGGCAAACACUAGUUUGCCUCCCUUCCUCGGAGGGGAAGAAGACCCCCGAGAGGCCUCUGGCGGAUUAAUACUGCUGGUAAAAACGAAGGUCUCAAAAGAUUGAGAUUCCUGGGAGUGGCACCGCUCACAUCAUCCUCGUCCUAAAUGGGCAGCAAGGUUCUUGUGCAUGCCCAGAAAUAUACACCCCCGAGGCUCCUAUCUGACCCCCUUCCAAGUUAGUUCUCCAUACUGUCCUACCACCUUGUGUCUUGUAGGAUCAGCUGCAGAAAUAUUUGUUCCAGGUUUGGCUCCUCUAGCUCAGACUUUCCCUGUGCAGCUCCUCCCAGCCUGGGCCUUGCCCAUACAAACAAGUUGUCUGGCCUGAGCUGGCCUGAAGUUGGGAACACUGCUGCUGUUGGCCAGGCUGGCUGGGCCAGGGCACUAGAGGGGGUCCAGAGGAAACCUUGGUCAGAACUAUAGCCAGCUCUCUGGCUCCAUCUGCUGAAGGCAGGGGAAACCUCAUCACUUGGAGGUGGGGAGGCAUGCAGGGGCCCACUGUCUGUCUGGGCUUUUCCCCUGUCCCCAGGACUUCAGGGCCUAAACCUUAGAGUGCCGUCUCCCUGCAGUGGUAAGAGGGUGGGCCCUCAUCAGAAGUCCAGUCUUGGAAGAGUUUUGCGCACUGUAAAUCUGGCCUACACCACAGGGGCUCACCUGAGGGAUACUGAGAUGGGGCUAAAGGUGGACUUAGGGACCUCCUGGAGACUUCUGAAACAAACCACUCAGGUCUCUGCUCAGGAAACUAAAUACCGUGUCUCAGGAACAAGGUUGACAGUUACCUUCAGAGGAGUCACAGGAGGGUCCAUUGAUGUGUAUCAAUGCUGCAGUUGAAUCACAGAUAGGAAGGCAGUUAAGAGAAAUGAAUGAAAACAAAGCAAGUUCGCUCAACAUAUUGCUUUGUGCUUCAGAGUGUCAUUCCCCAACUGAACCAGUCCGCUGUUGACUGGAGGGCUCAGACUCCGCCAUAAGAUACUCACCAUUUGGUUUCUGCGGCCCUUCUCCCUUGCUGCAUUUGACCAUUUCUGAAUUGAAGUCCAGCCACUGUGCAAUGCCUUGGCCAAUAAUUUCAUCAGACUUCUCUGGCGCUGCCGCUGGAGUACCUCCGAGAUAAGGCUGUGCCUGGCUACUGUACCAGGGGGUGGUUCUGAGAGGCACCUCUCAGCCCAGCUUUGCAGACAAGUUUCUCAUACCUGCCUGUGCCAGGACACUGCCUUAACACCUCACUUGAUCUGCUGGACAUGGACUCUAAUUCCCACUGCAGAAUUAGAAGCCAACUCUGACUAGACAGUGCCUCAACAGCUGUCACCUUGCACCAGAUACCCAGAGAUACCAAAGCUGGCAGCCAGGUAAUGAAUCUGUGGAACCUCUUGACACUCUGUCC